UCUCUAUUAUAUACCAAAAUGACUCCGAAUACCCCACUUUCUAAAAGGCUUUCGCUUCCCGACUUACAAAAACUAAAAGAAGAAUGGGAUAGACGAGAAGCAAUUCAGACAACAUCAAAUCAAAUACCUCCUGGAAAGCUUCAAAUUGACUUGUUAAAUGUUCGAAGUGAUGUUCCUGUAAAAAGACCUUUCAUAAGACUUCGUAUGGGAUCUCAACAUUAUUUUUCUUCAAAGUCAAAAGAUCCUAAUGGAAAUUGGAAUGAAGGCUUUUUAUUUACUAUUUCAUACCAUAAUCAACUAUUUGAUACGAUUGAACUUGAUUUGUAUGAUAAGGGUAAAACAUGGAGAUCAAAAACUAAACAUAUUGGUAAAGCCAAGUUAAAAAUUGCUAAACUAAAGAAUAGAGAUGAUGUCUUUAUCACCUUUAUACCAAUGUAUGAAUAUCACGUUAAAAGAUAUUUACCCGCUCAUAUUCAAUUACCACAUACAUUCUUAAAAUCACAUAUACCCAACAUGUCAAGAUAUUAUCAUCAUAAAAUAAGAAAGGAUCAUACACCAAUCACACCAAAUGAAGAAGAUGAUAUACCACCUCCUUAUCAAUUACAUCCAAGUCAUAGUCAACAUUCAAUGACACCUUAUAUUGGCUCCAUUCAAGUUAGAAUCCGUUAUUCAUUUCAAUAUCCUCAAGAAGAUAGUAAUCACUCUGAUACUUUAUCGGCCUUUCAUUUUAAUCCUAUUCUUUCUUCUACUACCUCUUCUUCUUCCUUCCUGACAACAUCCACUUCGAGAAAGAGUAGUAGUUGUCGUACAACAUCACAUGCUGUUUCAUCCAAUAGUAGCGAUAUAAGUUGCAGUACAGCAGAUGAAUGUGAAGGUUAUCAUGAUGCAGUAGAACCUCAUUUAAUCUUGGUUGAUCAUCUCACCACCGCAAGUCCUACUACACCUAAGCCUACAAAAACAAAUGUAAUCCCAGAGGAAACAGUUGAAAAUCUCUUUCAGCAGCGUAUUGACCUUGAUCAACAUCAUAUUUCCUUUCCACGAACAGAUGUUGAGACAAAGAAGAAGAAGAAAGGAGGAGAUAUGGAAUCCGAUACUGCCAGUAUUAAAAGUCAUAACUUUGGUGAUAAAAACUUUGCCUUCCGUUGGAUGAAUGAGACAUUUGAUGAAGUAGCUAUUUCGCAUCCGAGUUUAGAUCGUAUGAUUGGUAUGGUGGUCAGUCAGCAAACAAGAAUCUUAUUAAGAGCUGUAGUGAAGAUAUUUAAUGCAUUUGGUCAAGGGUUUAAAAUUACAAUUUUACAAUUAAUCUCUUCUUUAUCACUUUUGCAACAAUUUUAUGCUGAUAUUCCAAGAGCGCCACCUGCUGAAAAGGUGACAGAUUUAAAAUUCUUGGACGAGGCCUAUUAUUUUUUAGGACAUGCUAUUAUUGCAUAUGGUUGGCGUGGUAUAUCUUAUUUAGGUGAUUAUGCGAAAUAUUUAAAAGAUGUCAUGAAGACAAAGUCAAAUAAAGAAGCCAUUGUUAGAUACUUGAAAAUUCCUCAAAAAGAUUUGCUAGGUUAUGAAUAUGGAUUACGAAAGGGUGCUGUAUUUCAACCUAGUUAUUUUAUUUCUUAUGAUCAAGCACAUGAAGCAGUUGUAUUGGGUAUUCGAGGCACUUGGAGUUUAUAUGACUGUAUAACAGAUUUAGUAUGUGAAUAUCGACCUUGGAAAGGUGGUCUUGUUCAUGCCGGUAUGCUUGCCUCUGCACAAUGGCUAUUUACUACGAUUAUUCCUCAAAUUUAUCUUUACGUAAGCGAACAAACAGAAAGAAAUAAACGUCGUAUCUCUUCCUUUAUCAUCACAGGUCAUUCAUUAGGUGCAGGUACAGCAGCGAUUUUAACCAUGAUGGUGGUCGAGCACCUGGAUCAACUUCGUGAGCUCUCCCAGAACCCUCACUUUCGAGUUCACUGUUACAGUUAUGCACCUGUGGCCAGUGUCUCACAUGAUCUCUCUGAGAGAUACAGUGAUUACAUUGAUAGCUUUGUCUGUCAUGAUGAUCUCGUCGCUCGUCUCUCGUAUGGAACCGCUUCCUGUGCCAAAGAGCUCAUCAUGGACUCUCUUAUUGCUGUCGAUGGUCUUGGUGGUACGACCAAGGUCACGACGAACGCAAAGACCCGUAAAGAAUGUUUCAACAUCAUUCAGACACGACGUAAAGAAAUUUAUCAUGGUAAAGAGCCACGAUAUCCAUUAUUAUAUGUCCCCGGUACCGUCUACCAAUUUCGAAGAGCCUCUAAUCAAAAGCGACCUAUAGAGAAACAACAACAACAACAGCAAAGACGAUUUCCAAUACCUCCCUUUUCAAGUCAAUCAGAACCUGUCUUAUCAACGACACAACAUAAAGAAGAUCCCUCCUUUAGUUUGCAUCGUUCUUCUCCUAUGAUUUCAGAAGAGGUCUUGAUCUCAAAGACUUGCUUAGAAGAUCAUAUGGUCGUCACGUAUCUAACAGCCUUUCAAACUGUACGUCAAGAUUGUAUGCGUCAAAGACAAAAGGCUGAAAGUGUUAUUUCCAUUUGA